AAUGCAAAAGAGAGAAACGCGAAGAGUCGAGGGAGUCGGAUCGACGUGGGAGCGACGAAGACAGUCGGGGGUGCGAGCGAAGAGCAACACGGGGUGUAAAGUGAGAGAGAGAGAGACUGGGUGAACGAGGACCUCGCGCUUCGACCAGCGCGAGGAGGACGAAGGGCUCAAAGAAGUUAAGGGAGAAUUCGUGAUCUAAACGAGAAAGAGAGAAUGAAAGAGAGAUGAUGAAAGAGAGAGAGAGAGAGAGAGAGAGCCUCGUGGAUAAAAGAGAGCGUGCGCUUUCUCGCAAAGGGCGAGAGGGUGAGAGGGAGCCAGCUGCCACCGCACAGCUACACCCACGGCGACGGUCGGACCUCAGUCGUCCGCGCACCCUCGAAUGGUGAGGACGGUUGUGCCCGGUGGUGAAAAGUUAAAUCUCGUCGUUCUCGCCGCUGCGAGCACGACCGGGUGGUGCAGGGCACCACGUCACACGUCGCCCGCUUCAGCUGACGCUCGAUCUGUGCGACGUUUCCCGCCGACGUCACAGCCUGUGCGGGCACUCAACCCUCGGGUGAUCGACAAAGGGAAGCCUCGGCGAUUCAAUACGGGACUACGGGCGUCCGACAAGGACUGUAAAACGGGCGCGCGCGAGAAAGAGGAGUCUGUUUCGGGGACCGGUGGGACUCAAACACGAAACCUGGGUCAAGGGUCGAGAAAAACCGAACACCUGAGCGAUGUGAGAGGAAUAUAUGGACGGAUACCAAACGGACUGGGCAGAUUCGGCGAAAUUACGAACACGUGGAGGGACGUGAAGCGGGCGUUAAGCCUGCUGUGCGUAAAAAAAUUUUCCGGCAGCGGGACAAUGCUGGAGGCGCCGCCCGGGAGUCGCGAAGACCUCGUAGAGGCGGCAAGAACUCCAUGUACACCCACCGAUCUGGACACGAUGCUGUACGGUUACACGAACAGCAUAUACGUGCUGGACCACACGCCUGAAUCCUUGCCGGACAUGGACAUGCUGCAACUGUUCGCAUCUCCGGCAGGUAGAGCGUUACUCACGAGCGACAAUCGGCCGGGGGGAUCAACGUCGACCUCCUCCUUGUCUCGAGAAUCCUCGUCGAGGCUGAAGAGCAGCAGGAGACCAUCGGGCACUGGCACAGUCAGCGCGCCUACGUCGCCGCCAAGGCGGCGGAAGUCGAGCGCCGAGCUUUACAAGGAAGCUGUCGAGAUUCUCGGCCUCACUUGCUCGCUGACCGAUAGCUGUCGGUGCAUCGAUUGCCAGAGCAACUACUUCGACUGCGACGACGAUUGCGGCGAUGCUAGUACAGAAUUGGCUGCGGGCACUCCUAUUCUAUUGGACCACGCACUAUCGCAUCAUCUGACUGUGUGUUCCAUACAGUAGCAAACGACCGGUAGACGAACAUUUCGGCCCCUUGUUAGCCCGCUCUGCCAUACGUUCGAGAAGAAGAAGAUGACAUCGUCGGCGUGUCAAUAUCUUCCGACAGCUGCACAACAUUCGCGUUAAAAGCAGGAAUUAGCGAGACUGAAAACAACCAGGGCGGCAAUGAUACUAUGUAGAUACCGAACACCGGGUAGCAGGAAAAUUGAGUCGUUCGUUUCGUGAGUUUUCACAGAGUUGAAAUAUUUCUUUCCCUUACCAGGUAACUUAUCUGACAUCUCGUAUGAUCGGACGAUUAUUUGCUCAACCAUAUUUAUCGGGUAAACGCAGCGUCAGGUUUCACGCACGUUACACGAAUUAUUACCCAAAUACACUCGAACACGUUUGCUUUACGACAGUGCAGCAUGAAUAUCGAUAAGCUUAUGACGAUGUAAGCGAAAAUAAGUUCUUGCAAAUACACAUUUGGUAUCGUAGUAGCGGCGCGACGACUCGCAUGUUUGUACCGUCGAAAAUUGGAAAAUUGCGUUCAGAAGCGAUUAUAAGGCACGGCUCAAAAAUCGUUCGAAUUUAAAUCAUGCCAAAACAGCGCCAAAAAGUUUACGAUAGGAUAUCCUAAUUAAUAAUUAGCCUGUGCACCGCGUUCGUACACCGUUCGGUCAUCCAUCAGAUGAAAGUGCAUCGGUAUUAUCCAAUCGGAUCGCCGACAUGCGUGGUGUAUAUGAAGUCUGUAUACAUAUAUAUAUGUGUAUGUGUGUAUACAUGCGGGAUGUUCCGUGACAAGUCGGCCCUACUUGAGCGGUGGACAGGGGACACAAAUAUAAUGAUAAAACGCGCUCCAGAGUUCUCAUAGUCACCAGUGGUAAAUUAAAUCAAAAUUUUACUAAGUAUGGAAACGACCUUACUGGCAAUUCUUUAUUAUAAUAAAACACACGGUUCCGGCCUGGUCCUCUUCAGGUAGCGAAUUUACAAGAGUGCCUACAAAUGUCUGAAGAACAGAUAAACAAAAUAUGAAGUAAAGUAGGCUAAGUUCUUACAUAACAGAAGAGGAAAUUAAGGUGUUAUUAUUUAUAUAACAAGGCUUACAAGAUUCGUCCAGAUUAGAGAUGUGAAAAUUAAGUUAGAAGUCAGAAAUUUCGUUGUGUCUUGUCGUCAGCGUUAGGAAACAGAACACGGAAAAAACUGAUUUAGUUGAUUCAGCAAAUCUAUAGUUUGCUGAACAAAAUUAAACGUUUUAAAGAAGUAAAUUUGCUAAUGCAGCAAAGAAGUCGUGUGUAAGAGCAAUCGUUACUUUGUUCAUCAAACAAAUCGAUUUUUGCUGAAAUUAUCUUAGUUACUGCAACAAAUCAUUUUCGCUAAGUGCGAGACGUAGCUAGCGCCAGCCUCUGAGUAGUUCGCCGACCGCCGCUAGGCCGCGCAUGGUGGCGGCCAAAAACUCGGAAGCAAAAUUCAGUCUCGUAGGGUAUAAAGAGAGGCACAUAUUCUUCUGAAGAAAGCGAGAUUAUCGUUAAUAAUUGGACAACGAUUUGCAAAGUUAGUAUGCAAACACAACAACUGUGUGUAUCACACACACACAGUGAACAAUUUUGCAUACUAAGCUUGCAAAUCGUUGUCCAAUUAUUGAUAAUCUCGAUUCUCGCUUUCUUCAGAAGAAUAUGUGCCUUUCCUCAAUGGUGUUAUUCUUUCAAAUUCUUCGAUUUCCUCCCGCAUUGGCAUAUGAGACCCGGCUCGUGUUUCAAUCUCAUGCUGCGGUAGUACCUUAUGUCUCAGUUGUACGCGUAAAUUAUGCAAUUGCUGGAAUAGAAAGUAGUUACACAUAUUUUAUUUGCGAAGUUUGUGGCAAAUACAAUUUCUGUCAUUAUUACCAUUG